AUGCGCUACUUCAGAAUCGAAGGGCUCAAAGAAUUCUUAGGCGGUGACUUCAGCGAGCAUUAUGACUACAACAAGACGUUUGAAGAGGCUGCGCAAGACCCUUUCAUCAUAGUCCACACAUCCGGAUCCACUGGACUACCGAAGCCGACCAUCCUGUAUCACGGCGGGGUGGCAGCUGUCGACAACCAACACCUGAUUCCUCCCCUAGACGGAGUUGAUGCCCAGAUCAACAUUUUUGAAUGUGGUGUCCGCGUCUUCACAAGCUUGCCUCCAUUCCAUGUGGCGGGUAUCCUACAGACCCUAUUAGUCGCUCUGUACUUCGAAAUCACUACGGUCUGGGCUCCCACCGGUCGGCCUAUCAGUGCCGAUCUCAUCGACGACCUACUUGACAACGUCAAUGUGGACCUUAUGUUUCUUGCGCCAUCUACAUUGGAAGCACUCAGCCAGUCGCAGACUUCUCUCGAGAAAUUAAAGAAGCUCAAAUCCACUCAGUUUGCUGGAGAAGCUGGGUUUUGCCCGCGACUCAAGAAAGACCCAGAAGACUGGAUCUACUUUCAUUUCGAUCCUAGAAUGAAAGGAAUCGAGUUUCGGGAAGUUGGUCCUGGGUUAUACGAACAGGUCUUCACCCGUCAUGACUCAACAGACCCUUUUCACUGGUCAUUUUACACCUUCUCUGAUCGAUCUGAAUUCUCGAUGAAUGAUGUUUACUCGAAGCAUCCCUCAAAGCCGGAUCUACGGCUUUACGAAGGAAGAUCCGAUGACGUGAUUGUGUUUUCUAACGGGGAAAAGUUUAAUCCUAACGAUAUGGAGGCGACUUUGCGCUCAUGUUCAGGCAUCUUUGGCGCUCUUGUUGUCGGGCAAGGAAGAUUCGAAACAGCUGCUAUUUUGGAGCUUAGAGGCGUUCCGGACACGGAAAGAGCCAAAAAGGAAGUCCUCGACGGUCUCUUGCCCUAUGUCACCAAAGCGAACGAAGUUGCUCCUGCCUAUGCUAAACUUGAUCUUGAUCACAUCUUCUUUGCGAAGGCCGGGAAACCUUUGCUGAGAACCGAUAAGGGCACGGUGAAGCGUCGCGCUACGAAUCAAGCCUACGGAGAAGAGAUUGAUCAACUAUAUGCGGACGUUGCAGGCUUUGGGAAUUCGUCAGAUGCUGUCCAGCUGAAUCCCAGGGACCAAGGUUCACUAAGAAUUGGCAUUUGCAAUAUGUUGACUGAGAUGGAAGGGCUUCAAAAUAUCACUUUCGAACAGAAUUUCUUUGCUGCUGGCAUGGAUUCGCUGCAAGUGAUGAACCUCGUGAGGCAGCUUCGGUCCUCGUUCAGGGACCAUGAUGGAGGAGUUGUUGCGCACCUCAUAUCACCAAGGACGAUAUACUCCAACUCUACCGUCUUCGAGCUUGCUGCUGCCGUAGAGUAUUUGGCAGAUCACGGGGAAGCGGCAUCCGAGGGCUUGGAAAAAGAAAGGAUUGGCAAGAUGGAGGGAAUGCUCGCCAAGUACUCGGGUGACCUCCCACAACCCAAGAACGACACCACUCAGCGCCAGGAGCAAGGUUUCGCGAUUGUUCUGACGGGGAGCACGGGCUCGCUUGGCUCGUAUCUCUUGGAUUGCUUGCUAGCUGAUACUCAAGUGGCGAAGGUCUUCUGUCUCAAUCGAGGAGCCGAUGGCGAAAGCAAGCAGAGAAAUGGCAACAAAUCACGAGGCCUGAUGACUGAAUGGGGAGAAAGAGUCCACUUUCUGACCACCGAUCUCAGUAAGAGUAAAUUAGGGUUGGAUGCUGAUGAUUACAACAUGCUUGUCAAGGAAGCUUCGUUUAUCAUCCACAAUCAAUGGCAGGUGGACUUCAAUCUCAAUCUGGAAUCCUUCGAACCGCACAUUGCAGGGGUUCGGGAACUCAUCAACCUUUCAAAUCAGUCACCCAAGAGCCCACCGAUCUUAUUCACGUCCAGCAUCUCCACCUUGGACAACUGGGCAAUCAAGUAUCCCGAAGACAAGGUCCCUGAGUCAGCCUUCUACGAUUUCAGUGUUCCUUCAGCGAUGGGCUACGGAGAAUCAAAGUACGUAGCGGAACAGCUGCUCGAGAAAGCUGGAAAGAGUUCUGGUGUAUCAGCGGCCAUCUGCCGUGUUGGACAACUCGCAGGCCCUGUCGUCAAAGAUGGGAUUUGGAACAAACAGGAAUGGCUGCCGAGCUACCUAGGCAAAAUCCCAACAACCAUUCCCGGCCAGGACACGGUAGCCUGGAUCCCAGUUGACACCACCGCAAACGUCAUAGUCGAUCUUGUCCUCUCCGACAUCAAAGAUGAACCCUCAAGUGCAGUCUGGACCAGAUACCACAACGUCGUGAAUCCACAGCCCGGCUCAUGGAAAGCGCUCGUCCCUGUCAUCACGAAACAUUUUGACGAGAAGAUUGAGCCUGUGAGUUUCGAGUCUUGGCUCGAGGCACUGAAGGCCACGCCGUUAAUGACCGAUGACGUCGCGAAGAAUCCGGGUAUCAAGUUACUAGACUUCUUCGAGCAGAUGGAGGCGGGCGGGUCGGAGACUGAGUUGGAGACCAAGCAGACGGUAAAGAGAAGUCCCACAAUGGGCGAGUUGAGCGCUGUGGGGCCGGAGUGGAUGGAGAUUUGGUUGGGUCAGUGGGCUUUUUGA